AUGAAGCUUUCCAUCGUGAACCUCCUCGUCCUGGUGGGCGCAGCCGCCGCCCAGCUCUCCGGGCAUGUCGGCCCGACGACAAGCACUGCAGCCAAGCGGGCCAAGAAGACGUGCAAUGUGCUUGACUACGGUGCCAAGGCAGACAAGUCGACGGACCUUGGCGCGGCUCUUACCAAGGCCUGGGCUGCAUGUGCAUCUGGAGGUAUUAUCGUCAUCCCCACAGGCGACUAUGCCAUGUCAACCUGGGCCACCCUAAACAAGGGCACCGGUGUCGGCGUGCAGCUGGACGGCACCAUCUACCGCACCGGGACCGCAGGCGGCAACAUGAUAGCCAUCCAGAACAGCAAGGACAUCGAGUUCUUCUCCAGCAACGGAUCCGGCGUCAUGCAGGGGUACGGCUAUGAGAUUCACAAGAGCGGGUCGCUCUCUGGCGCCCGUCUCCUCCGCGUGAUCAAGACCAGUGACUUCUCCGUCCACGAUCUCAGGUUCGUCGAUGCACCUGCCUUCCACAUCUCGCUGGACACCAGCACCAACGGCGAGCUUUACAACCUUGCCAUUCGGGGCGGUGACCACGGUGGACUCGACGGUAUUGAUGUGUGGGGAACGAACAUCCACAUCCACGAUGUCAUGGUGACUAACAAGGAUGAGUGUGUGACGGUCAAGUCACCCGCCCAAAACAUCCUCAUUGAGCAGAUCUACUGCAACCUGUCCGGCGGCUCCGCAAUCGGUUCCCUCGCAGCGGGGACAGCCAUCUCCAACAUCGCCUACCGCAAGAUCUACACGGUGGGCAGCAACCAGAUGCUCAUGAUCAAGAGCAACGGCGGGUCGGGCUACGUCGAGGACGCCGAGUUCAGCGAGUUCAUCGGGCACGGCAACGCCUACUCGCUCGACGUCGACCAGGCGUGGGCCUCGAUGUCGGCCGCGGCGGGCAGCGGCGUGCAGCUGACCAACAUGACCUUCAGCAACUGGAAGGGGACCUGCGCCUCGGGCACGCAGCGCGGGCCCCUCCAGCUCAAGUGCGACGCCGACACGCCCUGCAAGGACAUGGUCGUCAAGGACUUUGCCAUGUGGACCGACAGCGGCAGCAAGGUCAACUACGUCUGCCAGAACGCCCUCGGCACCGGCGCGUGCCUCAAGAGCAGCGGGGGCUCCUACACGACCACGCAGGCCGUCGCGUCGGCGCCUACCGGGUACCAGGCUGCCACCAUGCCGGGCGACCUCAAGACUGGCUUCGGGUUCACGGUCGAGAUCCCCGUGCCUACCAUGCCCAGCAGCUUCUUCCCCGGGGCGACGCCCUUGGUGGCCCUGGCUCAUUGA